ACGGAGACGGCCAGUCAUGCGGGUGGAAACAAGAGUGGGCACCCGCGACGCUGCACGAAGAAGAAACUUCGAAGAAAGAUGCACGAAGACGAGGAUGGCGGUGAGCCCAGCUCCGGCCCAGCUCCUCGGCUCGAAGCCUCCGCCAAGGCAGCCGACGUGGAGUCCACCAAGGAGCAGACGUCCAAGCUCUGCGGCUUCUUGAGCAAACUGUCCGGCAAGGGGCCCUUGAGGGGGUACAAGGCGAGGUGGUUCGUUUACGAUCCCAGGAAAUGUUAUCUGUAUUAUUUCAAGAGUCCCCAGGACGCUUUGCCUCUUGGACACAUUGAAAUCGGCGAUGCAUGCUUCAGCUACGACGUGGAAGCCGAAGAGGGACACUUUCAGAUCAGCACGGCCGGGAAGGAGUUUUUACUUAAGGCCCCCAGCAAGCAGGUGAUGCACUUCUGGCUGCAGCAGCUCCAACAGAAGCGCUGGGAAUUCAGCAACACGCGAGGCUGUGGACAGAGGGACAGCUGGAGCUCUCCCACCUUAGCCCACCCUGUCAGUGGACUUGUUGCCAAAGACAAUGAUGCAUUCCUGUUUGAGAAGCUCAGCGACAGCAUGGAGCAGGUCCGCAAUGACUUUGCCAUGGAGUCGGAGACGGAAGGCGGCGGAACGGUCGGGAUCCAAUCACCCAGAGGGACGUCCGCUUCCACAAAUACCCUCAAUUUCUCGCUGAAGAACUUUGGUACAGAGCUCAGGAACUCCAUGUCAUAUCUGCGGCCGGGUCGGGGAGGCGACAGCAAACGGAGCGUCUUUUACACGGGCAACAAUAGCAGCGCAGACGAAUGGGAGCUGGUGGAAGCUCCUCCCAAAGACUUCCCCGAACACAAACAUCACCCGGAAGUUCACAGACGUACGUUCCGUCCCCCUCAUACCUCACUACGAUACUGCUCUUUUCCAUCAAGCCGAUUCUUUUUUUGGACCAAAUCUCGUCUCACAGAUUCCUUUGGAUCGGCGUUUGACUUUGUGCGCAACUCGUCCAGGACCAAGAAGCCUCUCCUCCGAGACAUGAUGGGCCCCGGGAAGUUUGGCCGCAGCGCCGAGAGCUCCCCGGUGGAGUUUAACGGCAAAUCUUUGGACUUGCAACUUCGCCUCCAAAGCCAGCAGGAAGAAGUGGGUCGAAUGCAACAGGAACAAGCCAAGCUCAAGGAGGAGCUGGCCAGUCAGAAGGAGCUGGUGAGACUUUUGCAGCAGACCUUAAGAACAUCCCAGAGCGAUCGCCAACCAACGCACGUGCGGCCACCUCCGGAUCCGUCAUCCACCGACUCCGAUCAGACUCACCGUCCGACGCUAAGCCCGGACGAGGUGGCACGUUUAGAGAGCCAGGUUGAGGAACGAGACGGACAGAUCCAGUCCCUGUGUGGCCACAUGGAACGUCUGGCCUUGGAGAAGGAGAGUCUCCAGCAAGAGCUGAAGGGUCUGAAAAUCAAAGUAGGGGAGAUUAAUGACCAGCUGGGCAUGCUGAUGGAGACCAUCCAGGCCAAAGACGAAGCCAUCAUAAAACUGUCGCAGCAGAGCUCUGAGCUGAGCGGGACCCCCAAUGAUGCUUCGCCACCUCUUGGGAAAGAACAACAAGAGGUGGACACCCUCAAGGACAGUCUCCAAGGCUAUAAAAGUCAAAACAAGUUCCUGAACAAAGAGAUCCUGGAGCUGACAGUGCUACGCAGAAACGCAGAAAGUCGCGAGAAGGCAUUGGAAGCAAAGUACACAGCACUGGAGGCCAAGCUGUGUCAGGUGGAGAGUAAGUAUCUGGUGCUGCUGCAAGAGGUGAAGAACCCAGUGUGCUCCUCUUCGGAGCAGAGUCCCGCCCGGGAGGUCAUCUCCAGAUUGUUGGAGGACGCCCUCCAGUUGGAGAGCCCUGAGCAAGAAGAACACCCCGUCUUCAAACCAAACACUGUCAGUGAAUACGACGCAUAUGGCUUCAAGAACUUGCCCGAGGAGGAGGAGGAGGAAGAAGAGCGCCUCGACGCCAAAGUCAGAGCCUUGGAGCUCAAGUCCCUCUCCAUGACGGAUCAGGAGGUGUCCAUCGGCGUCAAGUGGGAGAACCAUCUGGCCGGAACCAUGAACCGCAACUUGGUGCGCUCCCCCGAGCUCAAGUCGUUGAUCCGCUGGGGUAUUCCGCACGAGCAUCGCUCCCACUUGUGGCGCUGGUGCGUCUCCGUCCACGUCAAGAAGUUCCGGGAUACCCUGCCGGCUGAUUAUUAUGAGACCUUACUGAACGUGGCCCAAGACAAGCCCAACCCUGCUUUGAAGCAGAUCGAAUUGGACUUAUUGCGGACUUUACCCAACAACAAGCACUACUCUUCUCCCAGCGCCAUCGGAAUCCAGAAGCUCAGGAAUGUUCUGGUGGCUUUCUCGUGGAGGAAUCCUGACAUCGGCUACUGCCAGGGACUAAACAGGCUGGCAGCUAUUGCGUUGCUCUAUCUGGACCAAGAAGAUGCCUUUUGGAGCCUUAUAGCCAUUGUGGAAGUGUUCAUGCCGAGGGAUUACUACACCAAGACUCUGCUCGGCUCGCAGGUGGACCAGCGCGUGUUCAAGGACCUGAUGAGCGAGAAGUUGCCGCGUCUCCACGCCCACUUUGAGCAGCACAAGGUGGACUUCUCCCUCAUCACCUUCAACUGGUUCCUGGUGGUGUUUGUGGACAGCGUGGUCAGCGACAUCCUCUUCAAGAUCUGGGACGCCUUCCUCUACGAAGGUCCUAAGAUCGUCUUUCGCUUUGCCCUUGCUCUCUUCAAAUAUAAGGAAGAGGAAUUUCUGAAGUUGCAGGAUUCCACCACCAUCUUCAAAUAUCUCCGAUAUUUCACUCGCACAAUCCUUGAUUCUAGGAAGCUCAUGAACAUGGCUUUUGUGGACAUGAACCCGUUCCCGAUGAGGCAAAUCCAGAACCGGCGUUCCUUCCAUUUGGAGAAGGUUCGCUUGGAGCUGACCGAGCUGGAGGCCAUCAGGCAGACCUUCCUGCGAGAGAGGGAGACGUCUCAGGACAGACGCAGCUUCCUCAGCGACGACGACGAGGAUAACUAACGUGGCGCGGAACAAGAACGAACAAUUUCCAUUUAGCCGGACCAAUCAACUUGUGGACCAAAAUAUCAUAAUCUAUCAGUAUUCCUUCCCCGUUUGAUGUUUUACAUUGGAUGACUUGUCUUAAACUGGCCGUCCAAAUCCGUUUGCUUCCAUCUUGGAUGUUAACAUUUGACAUGUCCAUGUGUAUCUCAAUCAAUUAUGGAAAAUGUCAUUUUAGUGCAAUUGAAGUCUUAAAAUAAAUUUCUUUGACAUUGAUUGAGAUGCAUCUGUUUAUAUCAAAUGUUGAAAGACAUUGUUAUUCCACGUGCCACUUUGAUUCAUACCUAAUUACCACUUCAAUCACCAUUUUGUUACAAGCUUAGCAUAUAUUUUAAUCAACUUGUACAUUUUACUUUAGCGCAAAAAAGUCUUAAUUUCACACAACCAAACAUUUCCGCUUAUUUGAGCUGCUUUUGUAGUUUCAUUCCUUGUCCUCAAGGUGGCAGUAUAGAGUGUGCGUUCUUGAACGCUGUUUUAUUUGCCAGUUAAAUCGUUGCCUUGUUUUUUCGUCUUCAGUCGAAAAAGUUGUUUUGUGGUUCGAGUUUUUUACUGGCCCCUCUUCCAUUCCACUUUCUGGACAUUGCUGUUAGCUUUGAAAGAAACAAUUUUGGGUUUGGUCCUAUUAAGGUGCCAACGUUUUUUCUUUUUCCUCACUUAUUGUUUAUAGCUUUUUGUAUGUAAAUGCUGUUGGAUCCUUUUGCUGUCUUUUAUUAUUGUGCUGUAUAGUAAUGUCAAGCUUAUAUGCUAUUUGUUUUGAUUUAGUCUAAAAAAAAAAAAACAGUUAAUGGAGAGCAGGACUCCUUAAACAGUUUGCAAGAAAGAUGGAAUGAUGUGCGAUAACAUUGGCCAAUUUAUAUAGAAAAAGCUCAAUUCAAAUUGUUUUUCUUUGUCGCUUUUUUUUUUUGCCAGCGUUGUAUUGCACACUUGUGAUUUAUAGGGCACUUCCACAUCACCUAUCAGUGUUCUAUCAGGUACGUCAUAGUUUGUUAUUCUUUUUAAAAAUGCAUUCAUGAAUAAAAACCUGAAAAUAUUG